AUCACGCUGAGGACGCUCAGAAACAGAAUCAGACCAUGCUCCAUGUGAAAGCUGGACGAGACUUUAUGGAUCUGUUUGAUCACUGCAGCGUCCUGGUUUUCUACACAGCUGCUGUCUUUGCCCUGAUACACCCAUGCAGAGGUCAGUCAGAGGUUAUUGGUCCUCUUUAUCCAGUAGUGGCUUGGAUUGGUGAUGACAUCAUUUUGCCAUGUAACCUGGACCCUGUUAUGGAUGCUUUGGACAUGGCUGUGGAGUGGGCGAGACCUGACCUAAACCCCAGAUUUGUCUUCGUGUGGCGUGACGGUGUGGAACUGGAGUCUAAAAAACAUCCGUCCUACACCAACAGAACGUCUCUGUUCACAGACGAACUGAAGAAUGGAAACAUUUCACUGAAAAUCUCCAAAGUCAAACUGUCUGAUGAAGGAGCGUACAGAUGUUUUUUUCCAGAGUUAAAUAAAGACACUACAGUUCAGCUUGUUGUUGGUGCUGUCUCCUCACCUGUUAUCAGCUUUGCAGGCCUCAAUAAAUCCAUCAGUGGAGUGGUGUUACAGUGUGAGUCUGCAGGCUGGUAUCCAGAACCUGAGCUGCUGUGGUUGGACGGUGAGGGAAACCUCCUCUCUGCUGGACCUACAGAGACCCUCAGAGGUCCUGAUGACCUCUAUACUGUCAGCAGCAGACUGACUGUGGAGAAGAGACACAGCAACAACAUCACCUGCAGAGUCCAACAGAAGAAAAUAAGCCAGAGCAGAGAGACACACAGACAUGUUCCAGAUGAUUUCUUCUUGGUCAGUCCUUCUGGUCCACCCAGUCGUCCAAUCAGUAAUCCAAAUGUCACUGUUGCCUCGGCUGUGAAUGAGGAUGCAGCUUCAGCACAGCAGCAGCUUCAGGCUGAGGAACAGAGGGAGGUGGAUGUUAAAGUGAAGAAAAGGCUGCAGAACAAGAAUGAGGUGGAAGCCACAUGA